UGCCUCCGGUGUAAAGUGGCCAACAAUUAUGGGGAGCCGGGACCCCGCCUCAACCGGGUGGACAGACCGACUGCUAUUGAGAGUUCGUCAGGGCGGUUAAUGUGGGGACAAAGCACACUGUGGACCGACAAUCUUUACAUCCAAGAUAGCCAGCAGCAGACAGCAAGAGGCUCGUCGUCAGCUCAGCUGCAAAGGAGGCGGCACUGUUUGUAGGAUUAAAGCGAGAGCUUGGUGUGUACGGUUUAGGGGAGGUGGUCUUCCGAGUGUGAGGGAAAUUUGAGUCAGAUAGGUUAGCUAUUGCUGUGAUUUUUAAUAACUGUAAUAUAUAUGCCUACCAAGGAACACUAUCUAUGGAGAUAUUGUCGACACAGAGAGGAUCCGGUCAGCCCGACCCAGUGACAGAGUGGGUUCAACCGGAAUAAAUCAAUUGGGUAGGCUAAUAUCUUCUUUUUUUGUCCGUCGGGCGGCGAUGUCAUCUUCCUGCCUCGACCUGCACACAUCUAAGGCUGCGAUUUCAGCACCACCCGAGCUGGACAGCGACUGCAUGGAGCACCCCGUGGAUCAGGGCAACAAAACCCCACAAGAAAAGGGAGGAUUUCAGGGCCACUCGCUGCUACACACCGGCUCUGGAGGCCUCGGGAUGGCGUUGGAAGAGGAAUUAGCCAUGCUUACUGGGGAGCAGGACGACGAGGAGGAGGAAGAGUUGUCCGAAUUGGAGACGCCUGUAAUUGGACAGAAUACAGACUUGUUGUCGCUCCUCCGUCAAAAAGAAAAGGACUUGGUUUUAGCUGCUAAACUAGGCAAGGCUCUGCUAGAGCGUAACCAAGACCUGACUAAGCAAUAUGAGAAAAUUAACAAAGAUCUUAACGAUAAACUAGAGCAUCAUGAGCAGGAGAAGCACGAGCUGCGGCGGCGGUUGGAGAAUAGGGAGGGGGAGUGGGGGGACCGCGUGGCGGAGCUGGAGAUAGAUGUCCAGCAGCUGCAAGGAGAGCUGGAGCGCCAUCAGGUCCAGCUGAGAGAGGCAGACCGCGACAAGUCCACGGCUAUGAGGGAGCUGUCAGAAGAGAACCACCGCCUGCUGGAGCAACUUAACCGGGCUACAGAUGUGGAGAGGCAGCUGUCCGCUCAGGUCCACUCAUUACGGGACGACUUCAGAGAGAAGAGCAUCUCUACCAACCAGCAUAUGACACGACUAGAGAGCCUACAGGCUGAGCAAGGGCUAGAAAUUAAGAUGCUGUCGGAGCGUAAGAGAGAGCUGGAGCGUCGGGUUAACGCUGUGCUAGAGGAACACGAGCUACUUCAGAACACUGUUGACGACCUGAGGGAAAGAACGCUAGUGCUGGAGAAACAUCACCACGAGAAGGACUUACAGUUACGACAGAGCCAGCUGGAGCUCCAGGAGGUCCGGGUGUCCCACAGACAUCUGAGUGCCCGUUUUGAGGAGCUCACAGAGGAGAGAAGUCUACAAGGCCUCAGCCCACACCCUGCCAGCCUACUCUGUGAGAUAGAACAGAGCAUGGAGCAAGAGGAGCAGGAACAGGAGAGGGAGCAGCUUCGUCUCCAGCUGUGGGAGGCCUACUGCCAGGUGCGCUCGCUUGUCUCCCACCUGCGGGGCAACGACAUCACAGACUCAGCCCUGUCCACAGACUCCUCCAUGGACGAGUCCUCAGAGGCAUACUCAGCCAAGGACGUUCCCAUGGGGAGCCUGCAUGCCAGUCUACUGGAGCUACGCAGACUCACACAGAACCUGCUAGACGGAAACGAGUCCACGGGUUCUCGCCGUAGUGACGAGGAGGCUCUGGAAGACCAGGUUCGAAAGCUUGGGGAAGAGCUGAGAGGAGUGAGAGAGCUGUACCAAGCAGAGCAGGAUAGAACACGGAACAGCCAAGAAGAGGUUCUACAACUCCAUAAUCAGAUGGCGAUGCUCUCUGUGGAGAUGUGCUCUGUACAGGAGGAGAGUGAGCGUAUAAGGGCCAUGUCUGAAGCACGAGACCCCAGUGAACAGCUCCAAAGUGCUAUACGAGACCGAGAUGACGCUAUUUCCAAGAAGAAAGCGGUGGAGAUGGAGCUGGCCAAGUGUAAGAUAGAUAUCAUGUCUCUGAACAGCCAGCUCCUGGAUGCCAUCCAGCAGAAGCUGAACCUAUCACAGCAGCUGGAGGCCUGGCAGGAUGACAUGCACAGUAUGAUUGAUCAACAGCUUAUGGAAAAGCACCAGGAGGAGUGGAGGGUGACCCCCUACACCCUCGCUGGGCCCUCUGGGGGUCGCGGGGGCCCCUCCGGCCAGUCCUCCAGACGAGCCAGUCGUCUCUCCGAUGGAGACAAGAGGCUCUUUUCCUUCUUCAAAAAGAACUGAGUGCCUCUGGACUGGCCCAAGUGAACACGAGAGAAAAGAACAAGAAAAAGAGAUGGAGAAAGAGUAAAGGUAAAGCCAAAGACAAAGGGUAGGCUAAAGAGGGGGGCUAAAGUGGUUCAGAGGUCAUUUGCACUUUAUCUGUCCCAUCACGCCCUUCCUUACAGACCCUUGAAUGAGUAGCACUGUAUGACACCCCCAGAGGCCUUGGCUACAAUCCCAUAAACACCCAUUGGGCUUACAUGAACAGGGUUACAGUUCCCCAGUAGUGCCUCCCAGCAUCUUUACCCCACUGCCAAAACUCCAGACUGGGACUGUAUGCAUACAGUAGGGCUGACUCCUGUGUGCUGUCACAGGCCAAGGAGUCUGGGGAGAGGGUGUUCAAUAUGGGACUCACCAAGGCCUUGGAGUGGAGGGGUUGGCACGGUGGGGCAGGGAUCUGGGUAAGGGCGAGAAGGAGAAGGACCAGACUCUGGGUGGGAAGCAACAUUGUUACAGCUAACUCAGACAUGUUCUCAGGUUUAUUCAUGUGUUCAGGGAUUUACAAAGAGGCCUUUGUAAUACAGUCCAAUAGAUGGAUUUCAUUCAAUUGGUAUGCACUUCACAAUUAUGAUCAUGCCAAUGAAUUGGUUAAUAGUUAAAGGUAGCUCUAACACAACACACCAAAAUCACAGAACUUUUGCAUACACAAAAAUAAGACAGAAGUGUAAAUGUCCAGAUCAAGCCACAGUAAAUCAUAUCACUUGUCUUUCUGUAUAUCGAUCAUAAGUUUACCUCAGAUCAUACUCAAUACUGACUGAGCAACCACGGCAUGACAAAGUGACACUUACAUUUACCAAGCACUGAAUGUAUCGAAACCAGUCAAAGUGAGUAUGGGUCUAUCUCAGGUCCAUGGACAUUUCUACACAGGCCUCUUGUCAGUCUCUGGCAUCUAAAUAAACCUCUAGGCAGCUGUCGUUAGUUGCAGCCUCUAUCCAGGUGGACUUCUACAGUUAGAAUGUCACGUUUAGCAUACAUUUGACAUUCAGAAAGUGAUAAGAAAACUGUAUUUUCAAACAUUGUCUGUACAAUGGCCAUGUAUCUUCCUCCUAGCUGACCAAAUCCUCACAACUGUUUACAUUAGUCUAGGUUGAGAAAGGGGAAGUCAAAAAGAUCUCUCAAUACGUCUGCAGUGCCUAACUUUGGCAAGUCAAAGGCAUCCAUAUUGUGCUAUAGUUAACUGUCAAAUGACCAUUCAUUGGAACACAAAGUAACCUACUCAGUCAGCUACCACCAAUCGAGUUCCACAGGAAAACCUAUUGACAUGGCCUACAGAGUGCUUUAGUUAUAGUAUCACAGUAAUAUUGACAGUCUACUGCCAUUCCCAUUGCUUCAAAGCUUAUGAUAGUGGACACUUUAUUUCCUAGCUUUUGGGCUUCCAUUCAGGCCAGUCAAACAGAAUCCGUGACUCCAUAUUUGUAGAGUGUAUGCAGAUAAAUGUGAUGCAUCUGAAGCCUCAUGGCGCGAGACUGGCACGGUCCUCUGACCUCUGUGUGUGUAUUGGACGUCAUAUCUCAAGCACCUGAGCAAACCUAUGCAGAUGUCUUCUCGCCAUCUCAAUUGGUUAGGUUGUUGAUUAGGGUAAACCCAAAGAAUGGUUAUUUUUAAAGAGUUGAGAGUAGGUUGGGAUGAAAUCAAUAGAUUUAUAAAGGCAUACAAUGAAAUUGUACUCUUUCUUUUUAGAAUGAUACUUUGUCCCUGUAGUUUUGUUUUGUGUUUUGAGUGUUUACACACAAAUGGGGAUCUCUGUGGAAAGGGAGAGGAGGGGUGAAGAUUGGAGAUUCUAAGUUCUUCAUGUGACUGUUCAGUUCUGUCCAAGCAAUAAGUCAUUCUAACUUUCACGCAAAUCACAGAAUGUUGUCGAAGGUAGAGUUAUGCUCUUGUAUCACGAGUUAGGAUUCUGUGAGUCAGUCAACCAAUGUUUGAAUCAAGUGUUUACCAGCAAGCCUACAAAAACAACGGCAUUACCAGUUUGCUUUUAACAGGGGUUCUGGGUAGUACUGACAUUUUCUACAAAGUAGGAUUUGCUUCCAUAGCCUUCACUCCAGCCCACAGUUACACUCUUAGAUAAAAGGGUUCCAAAAGGGUUCUUCAGAUAUCCCCAUAGGAGAACCCUUUUGGUUCCAGGUAAGACCCUUUUGGGUUCCAUGUUGAACCAUUUUCAGAGGGUUUGACAUGGAACCCAAUAGGGUUCUACAAAGGGUUCACCUACGGGGACAGCAAAUAACCCUUUACGAUUCUUGAUAUAACCUUUUUUUCCUAAGAGUGUAAAGGAACGAGUUCUGCCAAUUUGUCUGUAGUCUAAGCAGCUGUGUUGUUGUAUUGAUCUGAGGGAAUGGUUAAGGGGGUCUAACACCAGUAGCUGGUCAGCUCGGAAAGGCACUAACUGGCGACAUUAUUAUAUUGGGCAGGAAGCCAACCACACACAGCUAGACUGCAGCCUCAGAACGGAGUGAUGAGAAGUAUAUUCUGCAGGCCAAGCUAGAGGUUGGUUGAACAUGGAACGAGCAUUUACCUAUAUUACGAAUGGGAUCAAACAACACUUACCAUGACCAGAAUGUUAGUUCUCAUAUCCUUGUCUUCUUCUUGAACUCAGCCUCAUGGCCUGUUGGCACCAGGUGUUCCUGGACAUGGCCUCUGGUCUACAAGUUUGGCCAUUCUGUUCAUUCAGGGGUUUGGGGUGGUCGGUUCAAGAGCUCUGGCCUGUAAUUUACAUCCAUGCAUUUGUUUAUUCAGUUUAAUGUUGUACACUCUUCAUGUAUAUGUUAUGUCCAAAAUUACUGUCAAUUGUAUUGUUUCCAUUUUCCAUUUGCAAACGCUUUUUAAAGCCUGUCUCCUGUCCUCAAUGUUAUUACCCGUUAACCAUCCUGGAUGCUGAAGGAAGAGAUGUUCUUGUGUGUGUGUGUGUGUGUGUGUGUGUGUGUGUGUGUGUGUGUGUGUGUGUGUGUGUGUGUGUGUGUGUGUGUGUGUGUGUGUGUGUGUGUGUGUGUGUGUGUGUGUGUGUGUGUGUGUGUGUGUGUGUGUGUGUGUGUGUGUGUGUGUGUGUGUGUGUGUGUGUUUAUGCAUGUUUAGGAAAAAGCAGACAUUCCAUGGUGUGUCAUCUGCUUGUCCUUAUGGGCCCUGUUCUUUGGAAUUUGACUUGGUCUCAGUGUGUGUGUGUGUCUUUUUACAAUCACCAAUGGCAAACAUUGUUUUGGGUUGCCUGGAACCUUCGAAAUAGGUAAUUGACCAUGAAUUUGGGCAAUCUGUGGAAGGUCUUGGAAAACAUUAUUUUUGCAUCAGCACCCCCAUUUCCCCCCUGACUCACCACUAUAGACAUACAUAGGGUAACAAACAUAGCUUCAUGUCAACCUCAUUCGUGGACAAUCAUCAAUAAUUACAUUUGUGCAAUUUAUCCUUUAUAAAUGAAUGUGUUACUGAACUUAACCAGGUCUCUCUCUCCUGACACAUUCAAUAUGUUCCUGUAAUGGUAAGGGACCAUCUUCCCUGCCCCAGUCAAUUGAAUAUGGAUAAUGCACACUGUCAUGACACUGAAAGGGAAUAUCCCAGAACACAAGUGGACUUAGUAUCAAAGACAUUCAGUUUGAAAUGUUAAGUGAGAAUGAACAAGAGAUAAAUAACAUAAAAGCUAUAUGACUUGACACAGGUUACAUAUGUGUAAGUGUGGAUGUACACUACAGUUCAAAGGUUUGGGGUCACUUAGAAAUGUCCUUGUUUUUGAAAGAAAAGCACAUUUUUGUGUAUAUUAAAAUAACAUCAAAUUAAUCAGAAAUACAGUGUAGACAUUGUUAAUGUUGUAAAUGACUAUUGUAGCUGGAAACAGCAGAUUUUUUAAAUGGAAAAUCUACAUAGGUGUA